AGCAAGAAUUGGGAAGGAUCUAAAUCCGUGUUUGGCAUACCAUACAAUGACGACUUGCUUUCGAGAAUACCGACUACCAAGUGUCGCGAUUUCCGUGAAGCAACUCACACCCUCCCUCAGGCCUCCUACAUGCAUUCUAACACAGUCACACCUGUGUCCAAUGGUGCUUACGUGGAUACGUGGCUAUAACCCUCGCAUUCCUUCCUACUUCAUUCCUUAAAUAGCCAUGGAGUUGUGGUGUUUCGUGCUUCUGAGAUCACAGAGAUAGAGAGAGUAGCAAAUGGCAACAGAGCCAUCAUCGACCGACGCAAUGGAGACAGUGGCAAGGCAAGCGCCUGUAACAGCUGAACGAAGGGUUCGGAGCGACUUGGAGCAGAGCCUCCCCAAGCCCUACAUGGCGAGGACUUUGGCUGCGCCUGAUACAGAGCACGCCAAUGGGACGUAUGGUCACUACCAUUACGACAUGAGUGUCCUUCAACAACAUGUAUCUUUCUUCGAUCGAGACAACAACGGCAUCAUCUACCCUUGGGAAACCUUUGCAGGGCUACGUGCAAUUGGGUUCAAUAUGAUCGCAUCAUUGGUGAUGGCCAUCGGCAUCAAUGUUCCCUUCAGUUACCCAACCUUGACCGGAUGGAUUCCAUCUCCUUUCUUUCCAAUUUAUGUUCACAAUAUACACAGAGACAAGCAUGGAAGUGAUUCGGGAACUUAUGACACUGAAGGAAGGUAUGUUCCAGUGAAUCUGGAAAACAUUUUCAGCAAGUAUGCACGUACAGUUCCUGAUAAAUUAACGUUUGGGGAGAUAUGGAACAUGACUGAAGGCAACAGGGUAGCCUAUGAUUUCUUUGGCUGGAUUGCAAGUAAACUGGAAUGGGCAGUUCUGUAUGUGCUUGCAAGAGAUGAAGAGUGUUUCUUAUCCAAAGAAGCUGUGAGGCGCUGCUUUGAUGGUAGCUUAUUUGAUUACUGUGCUAAGAUGCAGAAAGGAGCUGUUGAUAAGAUGGGAUAAUCUAAUGUACAGCUACUUCAUGUCUCAGGCUCUUAGCUGCUCAGAUUUGUAGCUUCACGGUUCCAAUAAACAAAUGAGAGAUCACUGUAAUAUAGCAUCAUCCUCUGUUUUUAGGAGUUUGCCAUAGCCAAAUCUUGAUACUUCACAUGAGUGGAUCUUUGCCUGAACCAUAUAAGUAUCCACAUUAAAUUGAUAGAAGUUCAUAAUAAUAGGAGACAUGACUGAAA